CCUCAGGACUACCUGGACGCCCUCAUGGGCAUCUGCUACGACGGGGUGGAGGGUUUGCUCUACCUGCUCCUCUUCUCCCUGCUGGUGGCCGCCUCCUUCUCCGCCGUCAUCUGCGCCACGCCGCGCGCCUGGAAGCUCUUGGCUGGCAGGGAGCGGGACUAUGAUGACAUGGAUGAGGAGGAUCCCUUCAACCCCCAGGCCCGGCGCAUCGCCACCCACAACCCGGCGCGGGGGAACCAAGCCGUGCUCUUCGGUGGAAACCCUCGCUACGAGAACGUGCCCCUCAUUGGCAGAGGUUCUCCUCCUCCCACG